UCUGCUCGGGCGCUCCUCCAACCUGACUUCCCCUUUCUCCCACCUUUCCCGGCACCGCGGGAAAAACAGCGCAGGGCAGAGCAGGCAGGGAGGGCGGCUGGUGCCCGGACACGGGAGCCUCCCAGUCAGUUCAAGACCCGACAUGAGGGAAAAAGGCCGUAGGAAGAAGGGCAGGACCUGGGCGGAGGCCGCCAAGACGGUCUUAGAAAAAUACCCUAAUACACCCAUGAGUCAUAAAGAAAUUCUUCAAGUUAUCCAGAGAGAAGGACUAAAAGAAAUCAGAAGUGGGACUUCCCCUCUUGCAUGUCUGAAUGCAAUGCUACACACAAAUUCCAGAGGUGAAGAGGGCAUCUUCUAUAAGGUCCCCGGUAGAAUGGGAGUAUAUACUUUGAAGAAAGAUGUGCCGGAUGGGGUGAAAGAGCUAUCAGAAGGUUCAGAAGAAAGCAGUGAUGGUCAGUCAGAUUCCCAGAGUUCUGAGAACAGCAGCAGCAGCAGUGAUGGUGGCAGCAACAAGGAGGGAAAAAAGAGCAGGUGGAAAAGGAAAGUAUCAUCUAGACUGUCACAGCCAUCCUCCCCACAGUCCGGCUGCCCAUCACCCACCAUUCCAGCAGGUAAAGUCAUUUCUCCAUCACAGAAGCACAGCAAGAAGGCACUAAAGCAGGCUCUAAAGCAGCAACAGCAGAAGAAGCAGCAGCAGCAAUGCAGACCCAGCAUGCCCAUCUCCUCCAGCCAGCAUCUCUCUUUAAAGAAUGUCAAAGCAUCCUGUGACUCUAUACCUGCCAAACCUGCCAUAUGGGAAGGAAAGCAAUCUGAUGUACAGUCCAGCAGCCCCCAGAACUCGAACUCCAGCUUUGCUCCCUCAGUGAAAGUAGAAAGCGCUUUGUUAGGCUUGGGGAAGAAGUCCUUCCAGAGAUCUGACAGACUCCACACAAGGCAAAUGAAAAGGACUAAAUGUGCUGACAUUGAUGUCGAGACCCCAGACUCCAUUCUGGUUAAUACUAAUCUGCGAGCAUUAAUCAACAAACAUACGUUUUCAGUACUUCCUGGAGAUUGCCAGCAGCGACUGCUUUUACUACUUCCAGAGGUGGAUCGGCAGGUUGGUCCUGAUGGUUUGAUGAAGCUAAAUGGCUCAGCCCUUAACAAUGAGUUCUUCACCUCAGCGGCCCAAGGCUGGAAAGAAAGACUCUCAGAAGGGGAGUUCACACCUGAAAUGCAGGUGAGAAUUCGACAAGAGAUUGAGAAGGAGAAAAAAGUAGAGCCAUGGAAGGAACAAUUCUUUGAAAGCUACUAUGGUCAGAGUUCUGGCUUGAGCCUUGAAGAUUCGAAGAAGUUGAUAGCUUCCCCGAGCGAUCCCAAAGUAAAGAAAACCCCAGCUGAGCAACCAAAAUCCAUGCUUCCCUCAGAGUCCUCUCCCAUCAGAAUAGCCACAGUUCCCCAUUCAGAGUGUGAAGAAGAGCCAACGCAGAGACCAUCACCAGUCAGCAAAGGAGAGCGCGAAAGCCAAGGCGAGGUGCCAGCAAGCUUCUCCAGGUCCACGGAGCCCCCACGGUCCUCGGCUAGCAGGACUGAUGAGCUGACCAGUGUUCUUACCCUUAAGUGCCCAAAGGCUGAGGAUCUCUCAGAGCAGAAGCCAGUUGUUUCUGCUGAACAGGAGUCUGAGAAAGAGAAUCAUCUCACCUCAGCUUCUAAUUAUAACAAAAAUGAAAGCCAGGAAGCUGUAGUUACAUCUCCAAGCAAACCCAAGAGUCCUGGGGUGGAGAAACCGAUAAUGAAGCCCAUAGCAGAAGCAGGUUCACAGGAGGCCACCAUGAAAGAACUUCCCGUGGUUCUUGCUGAUCAGAGCCCAGAAAGCCUCAAGAGGAAAUCUUCCCUCGCACAAGAAGAGACCUCUGUGAGCUGGGAAAAGAGGCCGCGUGUCACUGAGAGUCGCCAGCACCAGCCGCCAUUUCAAGUCUCGCCACAGCCCUUUCUCCAUAGAGGGGACAGGGUCCAGGUGCGAAAAGUUCCACCUCUCAAGAUCCCGGUCUCCAGAAUCUCCCCCAUGCCGUUUCCUCCAUCGCAGGUCUCUCCCAGGGCUCGUUUUCCAAUCUCCAUCACUAGUCCUAACAGAACAGGAGCCAGAACUCUUGCAGACAUCAAAGCAAAGGCCCAGCUGGUCAAAGCACAGAGGGCAGCAGCCGCAGCAGCAGCAGCAGCUGCUGCAGCCGCCGCAGUUGGAGGGACCAUUCCAGGACCUGGCCCAGGGGGUGGACAGGGUCCGGGAGAGGGUGGUGAAAGGCAGACUGCCAGAGGAGGGAGUCCAGGCUCAAACAGAGUCAGUGAAACUGGAAAGGGCCCCACACUGGAACUGGCAGGAACUGGAAGCAGGGGAGGUACGAGAGAGCUUUUACCCUGUGGUCCCGAGACUCAGCCCCAGUCUGAGACCAAGACCUCAGGCCCAGCACAGCCUCAUCGUGUCCCUGGAGCACAACUACAGCAAACCCCCUCAGUGCCUCCAACACCUGCCGUCAGUGGAGCAUGCACAAGUGUCCCAUCACCCACCCACAUAGAGAAACCGAAUAAUGACAGACUGAACUCUAGCAGGGCAGCAGCUACAGGGCCCUCUCUUAGCCACCCACAAGGGCCCAGUAGUUGUAGACAGGAGAAAGCACCUUCUCCAGCCCCAGGUCCUGCUCUAAUCUCAGGUGCCUCACCAGUUAAUUUCAUAGCCGGUGGCUUAGUUGAGCCCAGAGUAGGUUCUAGUAGGAAUACACCAAACCCUUCAGCCUCAGCAAAGGCAAGUGCUAGUGCUCUUGCAGACAUGACUCCCUCUCCUUUAACAUCUCUGUUAACAACAGCCCCUUUAGAAAAGCUUUCUGCACCCCAGGUUGGUGUAACUGCAGCGCCUACUGGUUCAGCUCCAUCCUCGAGCGCUUUGCCAGCAGCUUCUAGCCUUAAAACCCCAGGAACUUCUUCAAAUCUGAAUGGACCCAUUUCAAGACCAAGCUCUAGUAUCCCUGCUAAUAAUCCUUUAGUUACUCAGUUGCUCCAGGGCAAAGAUGUUCCCAUGGAGCAAAUUCUGCCUAAACCUCUCACCAAAGUUGAAAUGAAAACUGUCCCGCUGACUACAAAAGAAGAAAAGGGGAUGGGAGCGCUCCCGGGUGCCAUCACAGCAGAAUAUAGCACCAGAGAGGAAGGAAGUGAGAGGCAGUCCCAUCCAGCCAGCCAGCAGCUGGGCAAAACUUUGCAAAGUAAGCAGCUCCCCCAGGUUCCUAGGCCUCUCCAGGUCUUUUCAGCCAAGGACCUGAGGGACUCUAGCCUUGACGCACACAAAUACCAAGAAGGACUAAGCAAAGCAACCCAAGAUCAGAUCCUUCAGACCCUCAUCCAAAGGGUUCGAAGACAGAACGUCCCCUCACUUAUGCCGCCCUCCCAGUUCAGCUUCGCUCACUCAGGUUUCCAGUCAGAAGAUAUCUCCACAAGCCAGAGGUUUAUGCUGGGUUUUGCCGGCAGGAGGACAUCCAAGCCUGCCAUGGCAGGUCACUACUUACUUAAUAUUUCCACCUAUGGCCGGGGCUCAGAGAGCUUUAGGAGGACCCAGUCUGUAAACCCUGAAGACCGUUUUUGUCUAAAUAGCCCCACUGAAGCCUCAAAAAUGGGAUAUACAGACUGUAAGAAUGCAACCAGAGAUAGCAGCAGCAGCAAAGAAGAGGAUACUGAUGAGGAGAGUGCUGGUGAUGAGCAGGAGUCUACCGUGGUGAAGGAGGAGCCCCAGGCUUCCCAGAGCUCUGGCAAGUGUGAUGCAAAUUCAGGGCCCUACAGUAGGGAGCCUCUGUCCACCAGUGACUGCCUCACUAACAAGGGUGUGAAGGCCGAGACACCAGUGAACGAACAGACCACUGUCAGCAAGGAGAGUUACCUGUUUUCAAGAGGCCAGAUGUUUGAUGAGAAGGCCCUAGCCAGAGAUUGUAUCCAGGCGGCCCAGAAGCAGAUGACUCAUGCAGUGAGAGGUAAGACCAUGCAGAGCAGCCCUGAGCUGUUCGUUUCUGCCCUUCCGCUGCCUGCAGACAGUCCUACACGUCAGCCUUUGCUCCUUCCACCACUGCAGACCCCAAAGUUGUAUGGAAGCCCCACACAGAUAGGGGCCAGCUACAGAGGCAUGAUCAAUGUCUCCACCUCGUCUGACAUGGACCACAACUCUGCUGGACCAGGUAGCCAGGUAUCUAGCAACGUAGGUGAUGUCAUGUCCUUUUCAGUGACUGUCACUACCAUCCCUGCUAGCCAAGCUUUGAAUCCCAGCAGCCAUGGCCAGACCAUUCCUGUGCAGGCCUUUCCCGAAGAGAACAGCAUAGAAGACACGCCUUCAAAAUGUUACUGCCGGUUGAAAGCCAUGAUCAUGUGCAAGGGGUGUGGAGCUUUCUGCCAUGACGAUUGCAUUGGCCCCUCCAAACUGUGCGUCUCAUGCCUUGUAGUUCGGUAACAAGACUAGAAAGAGACACAUGGCGAAGGAGGGGGAAGGGAAGGGUUGACAAGAUGUGUUUUUUGCAUCCUUUUGGAAUCACAGAAAUAAACAAGUAGGCUUCUGUUAUCUUAAAAGACAGAUGUUACUUAAUCAGGAAUACGGAGUACAGAUCUUGUGGGUUUUAGAGGAAGAGCACCUUGUAUAGUUAAGUCUAAGUCAAGCAAGACUUUGCGAGUUUGUGACAAGUUUGCACUUACAAAAUCAUGUAAAUAUGUCACAUUUUGUUUUAACAUUAUUUUUCAGGUGUUUAGGUAAUAAUGUAUUUACUUUGAAUUCAGAUUUAUGUUUCACUCCAUGUGUCUGCGAAAGUUUUAUGCCAUCCAUGACGAAAGGAAGCUGUCUCCCUUCUGACCAGUCCUCAUAGGCCAGGAAAAGGAAGGAGUGAAGGAUAUCAUCUGAAGAAGUGGCUGCUCACUGACAACCAUGGCAGUGCAGCUGCAGGUUAUUUGUAGGUUGUGCAGCCUUUGCAGGAUUUGGACACAGAGUUUACUGAGUCCCUUUGCUUUCAGUGAACUCUUUUUAAGUUGAGGUUUUUGAUAAGGGGUUAAUUUCACAGGUAAUGUUUCAUACUCUUAACAGCUCUGACUUGGUUCUUGGCUUCUGUAAACCGGUAGUGUUGCCAAGCCCUGUGCGCUAUUGGUGGAUCCCUGCCGUUUCCUAGUCCUACCUCCCCACGUCGCACUCAUGCCCCAGCCCUGAGACGAUGAAUGUGGUCUGAAGGGGGCGCCUUCUGGGCCCCACUGUGUGGCUGCACCUGUGCAGGGCAACAGUUGCAGCAGCAGUCCCUGCACUUGGUCAUUCACGGGUGCUCACAAACAGGGUUUGUUCAAGAGGCAGAAAAUCGUUAGUGAUGGGAUGAUUGGGACACUCUUUUUGGACCAGGGAAAUGAAACUGCAGAAACUGUUAAACUGAACUGAAAGAACUUUGGGAAAUGGUUUUAACACUAGAUACAAGGUAGUCCCUCUCUUCCUGGUCUCUUGCAAUCCAUUAACCUAAUAUUCUAUGAUUAGCUGUGGUCACAGGUAAAAAAGCUUAUUAUUGCCACAUUUACUCAUUCUGUUCAAUCUAUAUUGACCUCCCAGGCCCCUGAGAAGGACCGAGUAAUCUUAUAUCUGUCUGUAAACACCCGUGUAUGCACACUCGUACACGCACAGUAGAAGACACGUUUUGUGUUUUAGAAAAUAGGUCCUUGUUUGGAUUACUGCUGCCUGGACACUAGGAAUUUCUAACGUAAAACGGCUUUGGUGAAUGGUUAGGGGGAUGUCUGGAAAGGAGGAAAAAUUAGCUCUAAAGUUUUAUUUUUGCUUCCUUUUUUGUUGCUUUUUAAACCCUUCUCUAGUGUCUGAAGAAUUUUCGAGUACGUAUUUAGGUCAUGGUUAAAGAACAUUAAAAUAAGCCUACAGUUUUACCAGAAUUAGGUAUUUAAUCGGAGUUAGUCGAUCUCUAUUGUUUGCAUAUUGAUUUCAAGUCUCCUAAUUUGAAGUGUGUAAAGUAAAAAUAGCGCAGACUAGUGCAGUCAUAGUUGUACUUAAAUUUCAGCAGGUGAUAUUUUUAAAGUACGUAACAACUGAAGUGUGUUGGUUAAGUCA